AUCGGAUUGUCCUUGGGCGAUCUACUCAGUGAACUCGCAACACUUUCUUCGCAACGAGUGUAUCGCCAUACCUUAUUAAUUACUUAAUCGCAAACGUCCCGCCAUCAUCUCGACAGCUCCCCAGAAGAAGCCAUCAUUAGAAAACUUACAGCCUCCCAUAGUGGCCACGGACUGGCACGUGAAAGUAGAACGCGCUUGCGCGCGAAUGGCGUUGCGAGCCUUUCCCUGGGCUUGAAACCAAAGUCACCAACUUCAACGCACGAGAUCGAUCCAACGAUUCUACAAGUUCGGGUUCCAGUUCAUUACGGGCAGCUCAUCCAGGUGUCGCGAUGGACCGCGUCCUCGAACGCACGCCGGAGGGCACCUCGCCACGGACCUUUGCCCUCAACCACCAGAGACCUAAGAGGACCUAUGCUGGAUGCUCGCGCAUAGCCGACUACGAGCUCUUGGGGAAACUGGGCGAGGGAACAUUUGGUGAGGUUCAUCGGGCCCGGUCGCGGAAGUCCGGAUCGAUCGUGGCGCUGAAGAAGAUUAUCAUGCACCACGAGAAAGACGGGUUCCCGAUUACGGCAUUGCGAGAAAUCAAGCUACUCAAGCUCUUGUCACACGAGAAUGUCCUUCGCCUCGAGGAUAUGGCCGUGGAGCAUCCAACAAAAGCCACCGACAAGCGUAAGAAGCCCAUCAUGUACAUGGUGAUGCCGUACAUGGAUCACGACCUUUCAGGUCUCUUGGAGAAUCCAUCCGUACAUUUCAAAGAGGGGCAGAUAAAGUGCUACCUCCUGCAGCUCCUGCGAGGCCUCAGCUACCUUCACGACAAGAACAUCCUCCAUCGCGAUAUGAAGGCGGCCAACAUCCUUAUCAACAACCAGGGCCUGCUGCAAAUAGCUGAUUUCGGACUGGCUCGACACUACGAAGGACCUCCACCCGUUCGUGGCCAAAACCGAGGCGAAGGGCGGCGCGAUUACACUAGUCUUGUGGUCACGCGCUGGUACCGACCUCCAGAAUUACUACUCCAGUUGAAGCAGUACACCACCGCAGUAGACGUCUGGGGAGUCGGGUGUAUCUUCGCCGAGAUGAUCGUGGGGAAGCCGAUCCUGGCGGGUGAAAGCGACACACACCAGCUCGAGCUCAUCUGGGAUCUUAUGGGGUCACCCACCGAAGAGAACAUGCCUGGUUGGAAACUGCUCCCCGGCGGUCAAGGCCUAACACCUCGUCCUCGAACUGGGAACCUCCAGAACAGGUUCAGAGAUGCUGGAACAGGAGCUAUCAGCUUGCUGAGAGAACUAUUACGAUUGGACUGGAAGACCAGGAUCAACGCGGUCGAUGCCCUGGAGCAUCCAUUCUUCCAGAUGCAGCCACUGCCCAUGAAGCCUCACGAAAUCCCCACAUACGAGGAGAGUCACGAGCUGGACCGCAGAAAGUUUCACGACCGCAAAGCCAAUCUCCCGCCGGCGCCCAAGGGCGGUACUGUUGGUAUCGGGCCCGACGCCAAUGGCGCGACGGCGGGUUUCAACAGCGACGGUUACGUUAGAAACGGUGGUGCACCGAACAAUGGACGAUUCCGUGAUGAUCGGCGGCCACCGUGGCCACGAGACCGCGGGCCACCGCCAAGCAGGCCGCCACCAGGUGCACGAGACGAUAUGGACCGCGCGCCCCGGCCUAGAGGCUUGCCGCCACGCGGAGGCGACAUAGACACGUACAUUCCAAGCUAUAGGGGAGAAGACGAUGGGCGGCGCAGAGAUGAUCGACCGAGGGAUGACAGGCGGCCUCGACCUCCUAGGGACGAGUAUCGACGGACGCGUAGCCGCUCUCGAUCUCCCGGCCUGGACCGACGCGAUCGAGAACGGGAACGAGUUGAGGUUUACCGCAGGUAGCUACAGCUAGGCCUGGCACUUUCCAGGGCCAACCGCUGAACGGAUCAGCGUGAAAGGGGGCUUGGCGUUCGGUUUGGCCAGGCGAGAGAUUGAUCACGGCAUUUCAUUGCACAAGUAAGCACUUAGCGAACAACAUACCCCAAAAAGGCAGCGUGGAAAGUGCGGAACUGGCUCGUCAAGCCUUUUCUGUCGAUGUAAAGAGAUUCAAUUAAGCG